AUGAGUUUAGUUUAUAUGUUAAAAUUAACAUCACCUAUAUUAUAUAGUGAGUAACUUUCUUUAAACGAAAGCCACUCUGAUGAAAAAUCAAUAAUAAAUACUCUUCUUACUAUUGAAGGUUUUAAUCUUUCUUAAUAGUUAAAUUUAUUUUUUAAUAAUUCAAUAAUUUAUCCUUUAUAAAUUUAUAAUUAAGCUUUAACUUCAGCAUUAAAUAACAAUACUUUAUAGCAAACUCUUAAUUUAGCUUUUAUUGUUUAUUCAAACUUCACAUUAUUAAAGAAUUUAGCAAAUCAAGUAUUUAAUCUAAGCAAAGUUAAUAUUAUUUCUUAUACUAAAAAUUUCUCAUAUCUAAUUACUUGUGAGUGA